AUGGUUCUGCAUAAAGUCAGUCGUGUCUUGGUCCUUUCCCAUUUGGACAAUGUGGGUUUGACAGAAGUAUCUGCCAUGCUACUGCAACCCCUGGGAAUAACAAUAGCUCACAAACCUACAUUUACUCAGACAAGAACCAACAAAGAAGCCUUUGAAAUGGUCGUGCGCCACGCCAGGGACCACACCAGCUCCAUGUUCAGCAGCUACUAUCGGCACGUGGCUGCCAGGACUUCUAAACUGGCGGGGGAAUUCUUCACCGACGUCUCCCUCUACAUCUUGGGCUCCGAUAUCAACGUCAACGACAUGGUCAACGAGCUAUUCGACAGCUUGUUCCCCUUGGUCUACCCACACCUGAUCCACCCAGGAGCCCCCGACCCUCCCGUGGAGACCCUGGAGUGCCUACGGCUAGCCCGGCGGGACUUGAAGGCAUUCGGCCCCUUCCCCAAAAUCAUGAUGACCCAGGUGUCAAAGUCCCUGCAGGUCACCCGGCUCUUCCUCCAGGCGCUCAACCUCGGCAUUGAAGUGGUCAACACCACCGAUCACCUGAGGUUCAGCAAGGAGUGUGGACGGGCGCUGCUGAAGAUGUGGUACUGUCCCCAGUGCCAGGAGCUGCUGCUGGCCAAGCCGUGUGCGGGGUUCUGCGGCGGGGUGUUGCAAGGGUGCUUGGCCAGCGUGGUGCAGAUCGACGGUCACUGGCGGGAAUAUCUCCGCUCUCUGGAAGGCAUGGUGAAGGGCAUGAAGGGCACCUACGACAUAGAACACGUGCUCCUGAACCUCUUCUCUUUGGUUCAGGAUGCCAUCGGUUACAUGCAGAAGAACGCCGGGAAGCUGGUCACCACCGUAAGUUCUUUUACUAGAACCGUUGGUUAG